ACUGCCCAAAUAACAAUUGACAGCUAUCUUGUAGGCACGAGGGGUACAAAAAUACAGGAGCAUGCUGCGGGGGGUUGUGGUGAUUUCAAGGCAUGCGGUUGAUGUGUCGAGAGAAAGAGAUGGAAGAUGAAUAGACAGAGUGAGAAUGAUGAUUAUCAAAGUUGACACAGAAAAAUUACAGACACCAUCAAAAACGCGCCAAAAAAUUCAAACGUGCUGCACGCAAAUUUUGCUAGAGUCGGAAAAUUAAAUAUCAAUUGUCUUCUGAGUUUAUCCUACGCGUUUUCAAAACACAACAGUGCUGUGAUUCGUAGUUUUUUCGGUGUAAAUCAUGGAAAACGUGAAAAGAGUGAAGAAAUCCGGUAUGGUCAACAAGUUGGGCAAAGCAUUGUGGGCACAUUAUGAACGGCAAUGUGGUGAUGAGCAUCAAGGUGAACCAAGCAUACAGCAAAAUACUCCAGCUUCAGUAACACAGCCCCCUUCUUAUGUUGAAGAGUACCUCGAAGAUAUGCCGGAUGAAGGUGAAAUGUUUUUAGAGGAAGAACUCUUAAGCAACGUCGAUGAUGUAGACGAGGAUGUGGAUUUCCUAGAUCUACCACAAAUGAAUGACGAUGAGCAGCAUGAGGAUGAAAAUGAGUUUAUCGAAGAUGAGUCAAAUCUGUUUGUUAGAAAACUGCGAAUUUGGGCUCUAUCACAUAGAGUAACCCAUGUGGCUUUAAAGGAAUUAUUGUCAAUAUUGUCGGAUAUUGAUGGUCUGCAUAUCCCACAAGAUCCAAGGACAUUAUUAAAGACGCCAAAGGCGGUAGGAAAAGAGAUUACGACAGUUUCGGGAGGAGAGAUGUGGUACCAGGGAAUCGAAAAAUCUUUAAAGCAUCAUUUUCGAUCUAUUACCCCUUCCGUUGAUGUGUUCGUUAUUAAUCUCUUCGUGGACGGCCUUCCUUUACAUAACAGUUCUCCCACCGAAUUUUGGCCAAUUAUGAUGCAGCUUUACGAACAGCCGGAAGUUCCUAUCUUAACGUUAGGAAUAUAUUGCGGAUCGUCGAAACCACACAAUGUGGAGGACUACCUACGGCCUCUAGUAGUUGAUUUGAACCACGCAAUAGAAGAAGGAAUUGUGAUCAACCGAAAGAAGAUCAACAUAUGUUUAAGAGCAUUUAUUGCUGAUACCCCGGCACGAACAUUCAUAAAAGGUAUUUAUAAAAGUAUAUAUUUUUUGUGAAAUGCUUACAACCGUUUUGUUGAUAUUUCAGGAGUAGCAGCUCACAACGGUUAUCAAGGCUGUACAAAAUGCAAAAUUGCGGGAAGAUAUUGCAAAGCAGGACGAAAGAUUAUUUUCGAAGGAGUAGCUGCCGAGCGGACGGAUGCUGAAUUUAGAGGUGGAAAUUACAUCAUAGGGCAUCAAAAAAAAUUGACACCACUUUUAGACGUAAAAGGAUUAGAUGUAGUUAAACAAAUUUUAGUGGCAGACGAAUUGCAUAUAAUCCAUUUAGGAAUAAUACGAAAAUUAUUGAAAGGCUACACAGUAGGAGCUUUAUCUCCGUUUGAAAAAUGGAAUCAUGAAGAAAUUUCAGAAUUUUCAAAAACUUUGGUUAGUAUAGAGUUACCAGCUGAAAUUCAUCGAGUUGUUAGACCGCUGCAACAUGUAGCAUAUUGGAAGGGUACCGAGUACCGCACUUUUUUAAACCAUAUUGGAAUACCGUUUCUUAAAGGACGAAUUAAUGAUGCAGCUUACCAUCAUUUCAAACUUUUUUAUGUAGCUAUUACUUUAUUUUCAAGUCAACAUUUUGCUAGCUACUGGAAACACGCGGGUAAAUUAUUAGAAAAAUUUGUAGUUGAUUAUAGCGAUGUUUACGAUAGAAAGUACUUGACUAGCAAUGUUCAUAAUUUAUUGCACAUUGAAGCAGAUGUAACAAUGUUCGGGGCCCUUCCAACGAUUUCGUCUUAUCCUUUUGAAAACAGGUUGCAAUUCAUAAAAAAAUUGAUUAGAACGGGGCACAGGACUUUGAGUCAGGUUAUUUGCAGGUUAACUGAGCUGAACCAAGUCGAAAAUGAAAUGAGUAAAGACAGAUCAGAAUAUCCACACUUAAAAUACAAAAAAAAUGAAGUAAUUUUGCAAGUAAAACCAAAUUUCGUAUUAAGGACAGGAAAUAGGAAUGGUUUUUUUUUAACAAUCGAAAAUGAUGUCUUUAAAUAUAGCACAGCAUUCAUUGAAAACGGUACAAUUAUUAUAGAAGGAUACAAAUUGCUAAUUAAGCAAUCGUCAUUUUCCUAUCCUUUAAGCGCCGAUGUUAUUUAUAAUUUUGAUUUCAAAAUAACAGAUGUAGCAGUUGAGACGGAAAAGGUAGCGUUAAACGAUGUUAAGUGUAAGUUGGUAGCAGUUUCUUUGGAUAGAGGAAAAACGUAUCAUUUAAGCCCACUCUUACACACACUGAUAGUAUAGGUGAUAGUAAGAGGGAAGGAUGUGAAUUUAUACUAAUGUGAUCAAAUCAAAUCGACUAAUGUAAUAAAUCAAAUCGAAACGAUGGCAUUAUUGUUAGUUCAAUUCUUUAUUUAAGUUCAUUUAAUACAAGUAAUCCAAAAAUACGGCUUGGCCGUUCCUUAUGAAAAAAAUAAAGGUAAUCAACAAUUAGUCUUCAUAUUCUAUGUCUAAAUUUUCGCUGUCGCUAUCUCUUGAUGACACUACCGUGCAUUGUACUCCUUUAUCUUCGUGUUUUGGCCCACAGUUAUACAACUUAUUUACAAAAAAAUUCUUAACAUGUUCGUCCGUUAAAUCGAGGAACUUAGUUCCUCCUACAAACUUGAACAAAUGUAGCACAUAUGUGUAUUGUGAAAGUUGUACUUUCUUCUGACGAAUACCGCGUCCUGUCCAACUACAUUUUCUCAAAAAAUAGUUGUCAAAUAACAAAUCUAACACAAUUUUUAAUCUUUUGUCCACAUCAG